GCCCCGCCCCCUCUGGUCGCCUGGCAACGGGAGGCGCUGACGGCGGGAUCGGGAUCGGGAUCAGGAUCUGGACCGGGAUCGGGAUCCGGACCGGGACCGGGAUCGGGAUCGGGAUCGGGAUUGGAACUGAAGAGAAAAUCCAAGAAGGGUGAUUAUGUGACAGCAGCAGCACAGGAACCUCCAUUUUCUUCCAGAGUCUCACCUUGUGUAGGAGCUGCUGUGUCCUUUCUAGACCUCAAGCCAUCCAGGCCACUGGUGUUUAACUGAAUCCAUGGCAUCAGGGGAUCCACCUGCAUUCCAAGUAUCCUCAUGAAGCAAAGAACCGUGGUGAAGGCAUGGCAACUCCAAGGAAGGCAGGAAUCCCAUUAGGUGUCAUGAAGGUGUUGGAUCCACGCCAGCUAAAACCUGAUAGCAUGGAGACAGAAAGAAUCCUAACUGUCUUGGAUGAGACCAUUGUCAAGCUGGAGAUCACCAGGUUGAUCCCGCAGAUUACUGGCUCUCUGGAGAGGUAUGCUAGGAUGCUGGGACCUGAGAUCACAAGCACCCUUUUGGAGCAUCAGAAGCUUUCAAUGGAAAUACAGCACCUGCUCACUAGCCCUGGAGAUGAGAAGAGCAUGAGAGCUUUGGAGCAAUGCCUGAAAUGUUCCCUGAGAAACAUCCUGAGGCUCUUCCUGGCCAACCCCUUGCUUUACCAUGGGCUGAAAUACGAAGUUCGGGUGAGACAGUCACCAGCUGAUGUGUUUGUCAAAGCCUUUAUGGAGUUCCGGGAUUUCACACUCGAGAGGCUCCUGACCACUCCUGAUGAAGAGAAGGAAAAGAUUCAAUUAAUGAAAGACAUUUCCCUCCAGGUUGAGAAAAACACAGAAACGAUCUCAGCUCUACAGGGAGAGCUGGCAGGAGUCAUCCAGACUCGAGAUGAGGAGGUUAGCAGGAAGGACAAAACAAUUGAAAACCUCAAAACCAACAUGGAAGAUCUGGCCAAGAACUGCAAGGCUGACAUCCGGCUGAUCAUGAAGGAAGGGGAAAAGCAGAAAAAAGAAGAUGAGGAAGCCUCCCAGGACAGAUGUGCCAGGCUGAAGCAGGACAUUCAGCACCUGGGAACACAGUUCAAUGCACUGGUGCUGGAGCAUCGAGCCUCAGAGCUGGUUCUCAGGAAGGAAAAGUGCAAAGCAGAGAAGGAAAUUCAGAAGUGGGUCCAGAAAUACGACACAGACAUGACAGAAAAACAGGUGUUGGUUUUAAGUGCUUUGCUCUCCCAUAAGACCACAUAUGAGGAGGUCCAGGCUGUCUACAAUGAGGAGAAGGAACAGUUGUCCCUGCUGAUGGAGAAACACGCAAUGCUGCUCCAGGAGUACACCCAGAUUGAGGAGGAGCGCAGGAUGCUCAAGGAGAAGGAGGAGGAAGCUGCACGGGAAGAGGCCAGGAGGAACGAUGCUGCCACCUGCAUCCAGGCCUUCUGGAAAGGCUACUUGGUGCGGUCCAUCUACAAGUCAAAACUGAAGAAGGGAAAGGGCAAGGGCAAGGGCAAGAAAUAAAGACCCAAAUCCCUUUUCU